AUGAACUCACAGGUGAUGUACCACAAUGUGCCCACUCCGCCGGGCAACGUGUCCCUGGCGGCAGCCGCUCCUGACGGCGGUUUGCUUUACGCCGGCGUUCGCUGCAUCAACUACAUAUCCGCUCCUCCGGCAAACGGCGAGCAGCCCCAAGUGGUGACCAUGUCAACGCGGAUCAACAUCCUGGCCCUGGACGUGAGUCCCAUGUGGGGCACUGCCAAUGGCGGUCCGGCCAAGCCGUUCGCCAUUGUCGGCGAUGAUUUGAGCGUUCAGGUCUGGGACUGCGGAUUGGGAGAGGCCGUCAUUGGGCACAAGGCCCAUCAGCAUCAGCACGAGGCGCGGGAUGUGCGCGGAGUGCACCACACCACCAACUCGGUGCUGAUGAGCUACCUGGCCAACGGCAACAUACUGUCCCUUGACGCUAGCGACCUGGUCAUCUAUUGUGUGGCCUCCAACAGCUACUGUCGUCGCCCCACUUUCAUCUCGCCCCGGAACCACCAGCUCACAAUGGUGCGCUGCUCUCCCUACAACGACAAUCUAUUCGCCGUUGGAACGGCCAUGGGAAAUGUGCUGGUCUGCGACCUGCGCAAGAUGAAUAUCGUCUACAAGUUUCACGGCCACAAGGCGCCCAUCUGCGGUCUGGCCUGGCGGGAGGUGCCUGCUCCUCAGGAGGAGCACCUUAACGAUCUGACAUCAAGGGCUGAGCAAUGGCGAAGCCGUAAUGGGGGUCAGGAGGAGAAGCCCAAGGCAAAGCCACCACCGCUGACCAAAUCCAGGGCAGCCGAGUCCGAUGAUUUGUUUGACAUUUACAACUUUGAUCACCUAGAGUGCGAGUUUGGAGCACCUGUGGCUGCGCGACGCCGAUCCUCUGAAGAUUGCGGCGGUGGAUUUGUCGGCCUGGAAAAGCCAGCCGGGGCCGCUGCCCUGGAUUUCGUCGAAGCCUGCCAGAGUGUGAAGGCGGAUCUCUUGGCUAACCGCCAGGAGGAAACCAUCCAGCACGUGGAGGUCACUCUGAAUGACUGCGAGGCCACGAAGCCCACGGGUCCGUUGAGUGAUGCCAGCACAAUUAGCAACAAGCACGAUGCCAGUGAAUCCACCGAAGGCAGUCUUGAGGUCAUUCAGUACAGCUCUUCCAGUGACGAUGCCGUGAUCGUCGAUGGCGAGGCAGCAAAGCCAAAGAGAGAAGUGCUGCACCACAUAUAUCACCAGGCUGAGGUGCAUGCCUCGGAAACUCCUCAGGCAAAGGCCGAGCCCGAGACCAAUCUCCAAAAGGUGCCGGCCAUCAGCACGGAAACCAUCAGCUCGACCUCCGUAAACAGCACUCGGUUGGACACGCUGUUGGUUUCCAUUGAUGGGGAUGAGGUGAUGAUGAUUUGGAAUGCGAAUACAGGAGCGCAUGCUGGCAAGAACUACAGCAAGAGCAAGGCAGCAGGCAAACUCAACAAUGUCUACUGGCUAAACGACCAGGUCAUUGUUUCCCUGAGUCGCCAUCAGCUGUUCUUCUGGUCACUAGAGUUCGAGCGAAAAAUGCUUCGCUACAAGAUCAGCAAGGACAAAGCACACAGUUGCCAUUUGCAGGACAUAGUGUCGUUCUCCUGCGACUCUAGCAAAGAGAUGAUAUGGUUGUGUAGGAACAAUCGUCAGAUUGGAAUGAUGAAUCCCCAGAGUGGUCAAGUGAGUGCCUUCUACGGCACAGUGGCAUUCGGAGUGCGAGCAAUGGCCGAGUGUCCGGAUGAUAUGAACAAAAUCGCAUUGGGUUGCUCGGACCGCCGCGUGGCCUUCUUUGAUAUAUCAAAGCUCUCGACCAGCUGCCUGCCCAUCGAUAGCGUCUAUGUGACCAGUAAUGUCUAUUCUCUGGCUUGGAGUCCAAACUGUUUGGAGCUCGCCUUUGGCACAUUCGACGGAACGGUGGGCAUCCUUGAUGUGGAGCGCAUGAAGGUGAAGACGCACUUACGGACGCCCCACAAGAAGGAAGUCUACUCCCUGGUGUGGCAGGACCACUUCAUAUACUUCAUUGUGAAUCGCAUGUUCGGGUUUUUCGACUUGAGCAAAUCAAAAACUGAGCCCACAGUUGUGAAUUGCAUCUCUCGACCCAGUUACCUUAGCGUCCGCGGAUCCUUCCUUUUUGUGGGCACCGACGAUGGCCUACUGCAGCUCCAUGAGCGGGAUUCGGGAAUGGACAAGUCCUGGACUCCAUUUAUCCGCCAAUCAGCUUUGCUUGCUCGCUAUGUGACCGAUAUAGCUUGGUGCCCGUUGGACAGCAAUAAGUUUGCUGUGGCGGGCAACGACAAGUCCGUAUAUGUGAUGGAGUUCCAGCCUGCGGAGCGCAACUGGAAAACACUGCACACUUUCACGGCAAACGCGGAGAAGGCCUCGAUUACCUCGCUAAAGUGGAGCCAUACCCAGAAGCAUCUGCUGCUCACCUUCCACAUCGAAGGAAAGGUGUGCCUGUGGAACUGCAACGAGCCGGAAAAACCACCACUGACCAUCACCUACCACUGCCCCAUGUGGUGUGGAAUGUUUUUGCCCACCAACGAGAAUAUUAUUAUGUGCUCGGGAAAAGCUCUCUCUGUGGAGCUAAUCGACAUCAAAGCCGGCGAUGAGAAGAGCAUCUGCCCCAAAGUGGAUGCCCUGUUUAAUGUUAAAUGGGCUAGCAAAUCCUUGACGCAGCCCUAUGCUCCAGUUCUCACAGCGGCUGACAAGAAGCGUCAGCGUCGCGAGCAGCGUAAAGUGACGGCUAAACUGCAAAAUGAGGCAGUCCACAAGGAAGAGAAGAAAAUCCAGGAAUCGGUCGCGCCAGUUAACGAAAACUCUGUCAAGGAUAAACCAGUAAAUGAGACUCUUGUGGAGGAGAUGCUGGGAGCUCUCAGCUUGGACAACAAGUCCCAGAAAAUAAACACAAAGGAGUGCCAAAAGUGCAAGGAACUGGAAGCUAGGCAACCACCCGACAGUUUCCUUACACAUAGCCGCACCUGUCUCUACCUCACCCAGAAGGAGCUCAACAAGAGCGCCCUGGAGAAGUUGGCCAUUGUUCUUACCGAAGACGCGGCCAAGAUCGAUAAGUCAGUGCUGAUGUCAAAGCUUUUCAGUACCAAAGUGAUGGCUAAGGAGCUCAUUGCAACAGAGUUAACAAAUCUGAAACAUUCGAACACAAAGGACAUUGCCCCUCUUUGUCUGGCCAUUUCUACGUUCAAGCUGCGCGAGGAACUGGAACAGCAUAUGGCCAACAAGACGCUUACCGAAUGGCAUCUCUCGGUGGCCCCCUCAGUGUCUUUUACGCUUUGGCAGGACUGCUGUCGCGCCUAUGCCAAGCAGAUGGAGGAAAAGGGCUUCAUCAUGCACGCAGCUACGUAUCUCUUUAGCCUGGGAAUGCAGUCGGAAGCCAUUAAUCUGUUUCUGACCAACGAGUACUACAAAGAGGCCUUGGCCCAUGCGCGCAUCUGCCUGCCAGCCACGGAUCCCCUGAUCAAAACCAUAAUUAAUAAGUGGCUCGAGCAUCUCGAGGGGACGGGCAACUUUGCAGCAGCAGCCCUGAUAUGCGUUCUGGACAACGAAAUGCUGCGCGGCUACUCCUAUUUAAGGAAGUUCCGCAACUGCACUCCCGAAAUUGCCGAACUGAUGGACCAAAUCAAACGCAUUGGCCAGCUGGGCGGAGUGCUGGAUGGUUGUGCCCCCCUUGAGCCGAUUCACAAUGGCUCUACUGCCGAGCAUUAGGCCUUAAUUUAUCUUGGUUUAAGCAUAGUUUUAGCUGAAACAGGCUGUAUUAGUGUACUCGUUUGAAAUCGCCCCGAAACAAUCAUGAAGCUAUAAUCUAUUAGCUAGGCAUUUACAAGUUUUGAUUUAGUUGAACUACUUUUCAUACUUAGAUAGCCAGAGACUGAGUGGAAUUGAAACCGAUUUAUGUUGCCUUUGGUAUACAAUUAAUUUAAUUUAAUUUACCCCGAAGAAAGGAGGAAAACACGAUAUAUAUAUAUCAACGGCACAAUAGCUAGUAAAGAAACACACACACAAAUUGAAUUUUGAAUAAACGAAAAA